AUGGAGAACAAGCUGAAGCUCGUCGUCGUCGGCGACAGUUAUACCGGCAAAACCAGGCGAGUUCCUCCUAUUUCUGCAUUUUUCAUUAUCUCUAGUUCUUUGCUGUCCUGAAAAUCCGAUUUUUAGCUUUUUGGAGUUUUAAUUAUGGCCUUCUUUAGAUAGAAGCAUCUUGAAAAGUUCUAAGAAACUGCUUGUGCAGAAACUUUUGUUAAAAACAUAUUUUUCAUAUUUCUUCAUAAAGCUUGUGUGUUGAUUGUAUUAGGAGAAGCUCAAACUGAUCUUGUUAUUAUUUAAAAAUAUUCGCGGAAUUAAGAAAUUCAUAAGCUCUGCCUUUAUUGCGAGUCUCAAGAGUUGAUUAUUUUUUCAAAGUUGUCUAUGCACCAUUUUACAUUUGAAACUGAUGAAUAGCAUAUUUUGAAGUGAAUAAAUGGCUCAGUUUUUGAACCUCAACUUUAAUUUGUUUCCAGAAAAACUUUAAACUCCAAUUUCCAGCGAAAAAAUUAUCUCCAUCGAUGAAGAAUUUUCUUUCCAUAGAGACCCAUUUAUGAUGUAGCAAUUGCGAAAUUUCUUGAAAUUUUUCGGAAGUCUUAGUCACUAUUUUCUCAUUUUUCAGAUCUCUAGACGUUACUUAGGGGAAUUCUAGCUUUCAUAAGUCAAAUUUUAACUAUUUUAUCUAUUUUCAAGUUUCAUAGGACGAGAAAGCCUAUUAUUUAAGUGUCAAAUUUGAUUUUUCCAAUCCUCAUUAUUUUAAAUUGAUUUUGUCUUUUUUUGAGAAAUUGUUCUCUUCCAAGAAAUCGAUCAUUCUUGAUCGUUUUUCUGUGUUUGAAAAUCAAUUAUUAUCAGCUCAACUGUUUGUAUUGCUGAUAACAACUCUCGCUUUUUGCUUUUUUUUCGAACCUUUUGGGCACUAAAAGUGAAAAUUUUUCGGAACAAAGAGAUUGAAAGGCUUGAAAGGUCUCAUAAAAAUGUGCAAGUGAAAUUUGCCUCAAAUUUUUGGAGUAAAUGUUUUUUUUUGCAGCACUUUGGGAUGAGAAUGAUGUAAAUAUAAAUGUACAUUUUUUUUUUCUCAGUGAGAUCAAAUUAAUUUUUUCCUAAAAUUCUUUUUAGAAAGUAUCAUAUGUGUCAAACCUGAAAAACUAAAAAAAUUUGAAAACAAAAUUGAUAUUUCUUCUAGAAAGCGCGUGUUUGCAACGGCUCUAGAUUUUCAAAUAGCUUUUAUAAAAAAAUCUUAAAAUCAUUAUUUUUGAGUUUUCAACCUCACUUCUGACUAAUUCAAUAAAUUGCAACGUUCCAGCCGAACCCAAAACGUAGAAAAUGACCGGUAGGCCAGCAGAAAUCGCCAUACUUCACAGCGAAAAAACCCGAGUGGCGGCUUGCCAAUUAUGGCGCAAUUACGAAUUACGCGCGUCUAAGCCGAAGAAUUUGACAUAAAAUGCUUCAGUUGAUUCACGCCUGGCUUGAAUUACCUUCCCAAAGAAUCAUUGGAUUAUCAGAAAAUGCAAAAAUUUUCUUAUGCAUGACUUGAAAUCUUUCGGAAGAUGCAAAAAUUAAAUAUUAACUAAUUUUCUCCUUGGGAGAAAAACAUUUUUCUGAAAACUUCCAGUCAGGUUAUAGAUUAAAGAUCAUUUGAAGGUUUUUCAUCAAAAAUUAUUUUCUCAAAUCUCACCUCUCCGUUCAAAAAAGUAUUUCGGUUUUGUUGACCUACCGACGUAGUUUGGCCUCAAUUUUCGGGUUGCGGAGUUUUCUUUACAAACUUCAACAAGUUUUUCUGUAGUUUAUACCCUUUUCUCUAAAGUUAUUGACACUUUCAGUCUGUUGUUCGCCUACACGAAAAAGCAGUUUCUGGACAACUACGCGACGACGGUUUUCGACAAUUGGGCCAUCUCCGUCAACAUCGACAACAAGAACUUCACCGUCAACCUCUUCGACACCGCCGGACAGGCGAGUUUCUCCUCAUUUCCGAUAUUUUGGGCAGUUUUUCAACAGCUUGAACUAUUUCAUAUUUGUGAACUAUCCCAAUUAUAGCUGACCAUGGCUCCAGAUUAUUUGGAAGUUGAAACUCGAAGUAGUGGAUAGAAAUUAGGGACAUUUCAGAUAUACGAAAUCUCUUUUUUUUUUUUGAGAAAAUAGCUUUCAAAAGAAGCUUCUUUGAACCCUCUUCAAAAACUAGUCUUUCUCGAAAAUUUAGAUUUGUCUAGGUUGCAAAAUUUAGAUUUUUCAUUCACUACAACUAAGUGGACCUAGACAAGUUUAACAUUUCUUAAAUUUUAAGGUGGAAAAACCUCCUUUUAAGUACUGAUAAAUUUCCUUAAGUGACUUCUUCAUUUACUAACGAGUCUCAUUGAACGCGUCGAAACUAAAGUUGGUUCACUUUUAUUUUAAAAAAAUUCAUCUUCUUUUCCUUUCUAUUUUUUUUUUCUCUCACAGUUCAUUCAGAUCUUUUUUUUCUUCGUUCCUUCAUUUAUUGGUCGGAAUUUCUCAUGAAGAGGAAAAAAAUUAUCUACAAUCUAACUUUUCAAUCUAAAGUUUCAAAAUGGUUAAAGAAAAAACUUGCCUUUUCGUCUAUUGAAGAAAAAUUGAUUAGUUUCUCGAAUGGAACAUCUUUUUUGAAGGUUCAAUUAACUGGUUCAAGAGUCCACCUCACUUCAAAAUGUUUUUUUUUUUCACGAAACGUUUCGCUCUUUCUUUUUUUUUUCUUUUUACGAGUGAGCGAAAUGUCCAACUGGAGUGGUUGGAGGACAGGCGUCUUUUGGGACUUUUUUUCAAGCUCAUCAAAACAGAGAAAUCGGGAAAACAUUUCAAUACCGAAAAAAAUUUGAAAAUAAACGGAAAUUUUCAUCUUAAGUAUUUUUUUAAAAAAUCGGCUCGCUUCAUUCAAAAUUUUCUGCUCCACCUAUGAUCAUUUUCAUGAUGUUUAAAAAGAGGCUUGAGAAGCGUCAAUUUGUGGUUUUUUUUAGUCGUUCAAAACGUGCUUUCCAAGCGAUGAAUUACUUGCGCUUUUAAAAGUCGAGUUUUCCAAAAGACGCUGUUUCAAUUCAUUCCAUUUCUCGUUUCAGGAAGACUACGAGCACUUGAGAUGUCUCAGCUACCCGCACACGGACGUCUUUUUGCUGUGUUUCUCGUUGGCCGAUAGAAAAACAUUGGUGAGUCCAAUCGUGCGUGACUAAAAUUCCUUAUUUGUUUCGACCCGUUAAAUAUGAUAAAAUUUUGUUUUGCCAACACAUUUCCCCUCCGUCCGACGGAAAACAAACGAAAGAGAUAUUGUCAGCAUCAUGAAUAAAACAUGUCGGAUUAUGUUGCGCCAUGGCACAAAAUCUUUCUCGUUUUUUUUGUUUAGUUUGACUCGUUGCCAUCGAGCGGGAUCCAGCUAUGGGUUUUUUUUAGAAAUAUCAAAGACUUCAUUGCAAACUUAAGAGAAAUUUACUCCGAAAUUUUAAAACUUGGGAGAAGGAAAAUUUCAAAUUAAUUUUUUUUGCUUUUGUGAGAGCCAUUUUCGCCCUGCAGCAUACAAAAAAAUAGGUAAAAAAACGGACUUUUAUAUAAUUUUUUUAAGGAAAAACUUGGUGAGUUAUUUGAAGUCAUCCGAAGUUUUUUUAAGAUAUAUAUUUUUUCAUAUAAUACAAAUUUCACGACCUUUUAAAAAUUUUCUGCACCUUCAUGAACCAAAGAAAGCUUCCUUGAAUAAUUGAUCAAUCCCAGGAUUCGUGCCGAACAGUCUGGGUCCCAGAACUGAGAAAGUACGCCGGCGACAACAUCCCGAUCGUCUUGGUCGGCACGAAAGAAGACGUCGUCGAGUCGUCGCCGGCGCCAAAAGACGCCGUCAGCCACGAUCUCGCUCGUCGCGUGGCUCUCGAGGUUUUUUUUUCCAGAAAAAUCUUGUUUUUUUUUGUGGCGGUCAUUCCGAAAUGAUAGUGCGAGAAUGGGUCACCAUUCUGUUGACUCAAAGCUUAACAAAGGAUUUUCGAGCCGGAAAAGCAACCGAGUUUCUUUUUCUUCUUUUGAUCUUCCAUAAAGCGAACCUCACGACGAAAAAAUUAAUGACCGAGCUCAAAAACUUUGAGGAUCAGCUUGGAAACUAAAGUUUCAGUUUCAUAUAAACGCCAUGAUUCUAUAAAUAACACAUAAUGAUUCCUCCAAAAAAUUUGACCUUUUUUUGAUACAUUAAAAGUUUCUUUUUUUUUUACUCAAGGGAGGUUUCAAAACACUUGGGACUUAUAUCGAAAUCGAAAAAAAUAACAUGACCCAUGGUCAUGGACAGUACGAAGAUGCUCAGGGUUUCGAAUUUUCUCUAUAUUAUAUUUUUUUCUUAAAAAUAAGAGGCUCAAAUUUAGCAAAAAAAGCUUAUUUUUAAAAAAAGUGUGAGCCAAUUUCUCAAAAAUAUUCCAUAAAAGUUAAGAAGAAUACCUUGUCAGUUUUUUUUCUUUCGUCAAAUUAAAAAAAGCCCAUGAAUAGACUUCGUUUUGAGAUCGGCUGCGUCAAGUACUUGGCGUGUUCGGCGCUGACACACAAAGGCCUGAAACGGGUGUUCGACGAAAGUCUCCUGGCGGCGGUCGGCGUCAAGAUCGAAGAGGAAUCGCCAUCUCCCUGCUGCUGCCUUUCCUGA